AUGUGGAAUAAAUGCCUCAUUGAUAUUCUAAUCUCCUUUGGUUCCAAGGGCUGUAAGACAGAUAGUUCAUUGUUCUAUUUACAUUCUAGUGGUGUUAAGAUAUUUUGCUUGAUUUAUGUUGAUGAUAUUUGGGUGAUGAGAAAUAGUUGUGCUUGCAUUAGCUCUCUUGUUGCUAAGUUGGAAUCUCGAUUUGCAGUCAAAGAUUUGGGCAAGCUUUCUUACUUUUUCGGCAUUGAAGCAACCUGGACACCAUCUCUGACUUACUUAAAGGCGCACAAAUGCAAUACUGCAACUCUGUGGCUACUCUUGCCUCAUCUUCAAGCAGAUUGUCCUCCUAUGAUGGUCAACCCUUUCAUAAUCAGACCUUUAAAACUAAUAUUUCGAUAUAUCAAAGCCUCUCCCUCAUAUGGUCUUUUCUUUACUUGGCAAUUCUCGUUGCUUUCACAUGGUUAUAGCGAUGCUGAUUGGGGUGGUUCUCUUGAUGAUCACAAGUCCAUUACUAGUUUUUCCAUUUAUCUUGUUUCUCAUUUGAUCUCUUGGGCUGCUAGAAAGCAGAAGGCUGUGUCUGAAUCGAGUACUGAAAUAGAGUAUCGAGCACUUGCCAGUUGCCAGUGCUAA